CGGCGGACUCCAUUUCCCGUGGUGCCCCGCGGCGGGCGGCGCUGGCGGGGGCGGGGGCAGCUGCUGGCUCGGAGUCAGGCUCAGGCCGAGGCGGCGGCGCGGAGCGAGCGAGCGGCCUGGCUCCGUCUUGCAGGCCCGGGCGGUGCUAGGCUGGCGGCGCCAUGUACAAUGGGAUAGGGCUCCCCACUCCCCGGGGCAGCGGUACCAACGGCUACGUCCAGCGCAACCUCUCGGCCGUGCGGCACAAGAAGGAGCGAACCGACUACAAGUCGGAGGAGGAGCUCAGGAAGCUGGAGUCGUCUCUGGUCAAGAAGCCCAACCAGGAGAUCCUGGACCAUGAGCGCAAGCGCAAGGUGGAGCUGAAAUGCCUGGAGCUGGCCGAGCUCAUGGAGGAACAGGGCUACGCCGAGGGCGAGAUCCAGGAGAAGGUGGCCACCUUCCGGCUCAUGCUCCUGGAGAAGGACGUGGCGCUGGGCAAGGAGGGGGAGCAGCAGCCGGAGCAGAAGCCGGCGGUCACAGAGACCCACCAGCUGGCCGAGGCCAACGAGAAGAAGAACGAGCGGCUGCGGGCGGCGUUUGGCAUCAGCGAGAAUUACGUCGACGGGAGCUCGUUCGACCCCAACCGCAGGGCCAAGGAGGCGGCGGCUGCGGCAGCCAAGCAGCAGGAGCAGCAGAAGCAGUACAGCCUGGUCCGUGAGUCCAGCAGCUCCCGCUCUCCAUCCCCCAAGCAGAAAAAAAAGAAAAAGAAGAAAGACAGAGGCAGGUCAGAGAGCAGAUCCCCCUCUCGCAGGGAGAGGAAAAAGAGCUCUAAGAAGAAGAAACACAGGUCGGAGUCAGACUCAAAGAAGAGGAAACACAGACCUGCUCUCAGAUCCACCAGCGAGUCGGCGUCCCAGAAGGGCCGAAGAGGUCGCUCGUCCUCUCCAGACUCUUCCUCCUCCUCGGACAGCUCGCGGAGCAGGUCCCGGAGCGUCACCACUCAGAAGCGGGCCUCCCGGCCCAGCGUGACCCCCCCAGCGCCGCCACGGAGGAGAGCCGACCCCGAGGGCGCCUCCAAGGAAGCCCCCAAGAGAGAUCGCUCGGCAUCCCCCGAGCUCAGCCGGCGCGCGCAGAGCCGCAGCCCCCGGGAGAGCCGAGAUAAGCGAGAGAAGCGGUCGUCUCGGCGCUCCCCCCGCCAGCGUUCCUCCUCCCCGUCUCCCGUCUCUGAGGGGAAGCAAAAGGACAAGGAUCGGCCCCGGCAGCCAGAGCGCAAAUCCACCCCCGCCCCGUCCUCGGAGCGUGAGCCCCGCCCUCAACGCCGCUCCCCGUCCCCCGAGCCGGCCCGAGAGAGGGCCUCGUCCGGCCACAAGCGCCCACCCUCCAAGGAGACCAAGUCCCCCCGUUCCUCCUCCCCGCCCCCCAAAAAGCCAGUGGCUGAUCGCCCCAAGAGCCCAUCCCUAGCGGCUGCCCCCUCGGCACCGGCCGCCACCCGGAAGGGCCGGCCGUCCCGCUCGGGCUCCGAGAGCGACGAAGACUCGUCUUCCUCUUCCCCUGAGCGGGAUAAGCCGGCCCCGAGCAGGCAGGAGAAAUCGAGGGGCUCCCAGCGCCGGGACCGCUCCAGUUCUUCCCCGGAGCCCUCCCAGCCUGCCAAGGCAGCCCCCAAGCCCUCGUCCCGGCGUGAGCGCUCCGGCACCCCGGCGAAGAGCGCCAAGACCCGCUCCGUCUCCAAGAGAGACGCCAAGUCCCGGUCCCGGACGCCCCCUUCCCGCAGGGAGCGCUCCCGCACCCCGCCCCGCCGGGGAGGCCGUUCCCGCACCCCGCCCCGCCGGGGGGCCCGUUCCCGCACGCCACCAAGACGGGGCCGGUCCCGAUCCCGGAGCCCCCAGUGGAGAGGCAGGUCCCGGAGCCCCCAGAGGUGGGGACGGUCCCGUUCCCGCACUCCGCCCAGGUGGGGCAAAUCCCGUACGCCCCAGAGGAGGGGGAGAUCUCGCAGCCCUCAACGGCGAGGGUGGUCCCGCUCCAGGACACCCCAGAGGCCUGGCUGGUCUAGGAGCCGGAACACGGCGAGGCGGGGCCGGUCUAGAACCCCGCCCCGGCGAGGCAGGUCCCGGUCUAGAACCCCUCCCCGGCGAGGCAGGUCCCGGUCUAGAACCCCUCCCCGGCGAGGCAGGUCCCGGUCUAGAACCCCGCCCCGGCGAGGCAGGUCCCGGUCUAGAACCCCGCCCCGGCGAGGCAGGUCCCGGUCUAGAACCCCGCCCCGGCGAGGCAGGUCCCGGUCUAGAACUCCGCCCCGGCGAGGCAGGUCAGGGUCCUCUCCCAGGCGGGAGAAAUCACUGAUUUCAGCCAGGAGGAGCCGCUCUGGGUCGUCAGCCGAGCGGAGGAAAAAAUCCAGGCUGCCCCUGCGAAGGAGCCUGUCUGACUCGUCGCCAGACGUGAAGCAGAAAUCCAGGAAAGUGUCAAGACGCAGCCGCUCCACAUCAUCCCCUCGGCUACAGAAGAAAUCCAGAUCAUCGCCCUGGAGGAGCCGCUCUGGCUCAUCCCCUCGGCCAAAAAAGAAAUCCAGAUCAUCCCCUCGGAGGAGCCGGUCAGGGUCAUCUCCAGCGCUGAAAAAGAAAUCCAGAACGCCGUCCAGAAGGAGGAGGAGGAGGUCUGGAUUGUCUCCGGCACUCAAAAAGAAAUCCAGAUCACCGCCUAGAAGAAGCCGGUCUGGAUCGUCUCCAGAAGUGAAGAAAAAAUCCAGAUCGCCGCCAAGACGAAGGAGGUCUGGAUCUUCUCCACUGGCGAGAAAGAAAUCCAGAUCACCGCCGAGACGAAGCAGGUCUAGGUCCUCGCCAGUGUUGAAGAAGAAAUCUAGAUCGCCGCCGAGACGAAGCAGGUCUAGCUCCUCGCCAGUGUUGAAGAAGAAAUCUAGAUCGCCCCCGAGACGAAGCAGUUCUGGGUCCUCUUCAGUGGCAAAGAAGAAAUCCAGAUCACCACCUGUGAGAGGCCGAUCUGGGUCGUCUCCAGCAUUGAGAGAGAAAUCUAGAUCGCCCCCGAGACGAAGCAGAUCUGGAUCAUCUCCAGCGGUGCGAGAGAAAUCCAUAUCACCCCCAAGACGAAGCAGAUCUGGAUCAUCUCCAGUGGUGAGAGAGAAAUCUAGAUCACCCCUGAGACAGAGCAAAUCUGGAUCAUCUCCAGCUGUGAGAGAGAAACCGAGAUCACCACUGAGACGAAGCAGAUCUGGAUCCUCUCCAGAACAGAGAGAGAAAUCCAUAUCCCCUCCUGCGAGAGGCAGGUCUGGCUCCUCUCCUGGGUUGAAGAAGAAAUCCAGUUCUCCUCCCAGGCAAAGUGGGCUUGGAUCUUCACCAGCCGUGGAAGGGAAAUCCAGAUCUCCUGCAGUGAGAAGCAGAUCUGGAUCCUCUCCAGAACUGAAGAAGCUGUCUAAGACCUCUCCAAGACACAGUGGUGCUGGGUCUUCUCCAGUGGUGGAAGAGAAAUCAAGUUUACCUCCAAGAUGCAGCCAGUCUGGAUCCUCUCCAGAACCGAUGAAGAAAUCCAGAUCGCCGCCUGUGAGAGGCAGGUCUGGAUCCUCUCCGGAACUAAAUGAUAAAUCUAGCUCCCCACUCCCAAGACAAAGCCAAGCAGGAUCCCCUCCAGAACCAAAAAAGAAAUCCAGAUCACCUCCAAGAUGUGUUAAGCCUGGUGCCUCUCCAGUGGUGAAAGAAAAAUCCAGAUCUCCCCAGCCAUGGCAAAGCCGAUCGGGAUCGUCUCCAGAAGUGAAAAAGAAAUCCCCAUCACCAUCCAUAAGAGGAGCCUCUGUAGAGCAAGCAAAAUCCAGAUCGCCUCCCUCACUGAGCGGAUCUGGAUCAUUGUUGACAUUGAAAGGGAAAUCCAGUUCGCCCCCAAGACACAGCCGAUCCGGAUCCUCUCCAGGGUCAGGAAGCAAACUUGGAGCAGUUUCAAAACACAACAGGCCUGGGGUUUCUCCAGAAGCUACAGAGCUAGUGAGGAUUUUAGCAGGUCAGGUCAAGCCGAUUUCUCCUGAGGCAAAAGACAAUUAUGGAACGUCCCCAAGAAGGAGCAAAUUGGGAUCAUCCCCUGGCAUCAGAGAGAAAUCCAGAACACCUCCGAGCAGCUCGGAGUCUUCUCCAGAACGGGCAGAAAUAUCCCGAUCGCCUCUGAGACGCAGCAGGUCUGGUUCGCCUCCCAGGCCGCGAGAGAAAUCCAGAUCGCCUCCCAGGCCGCGAGAGAAAUCCAGAUCGCCCCCGAGGCCGCGAGAGAAAUCCAGAUCGCCCCCGAGGCCGCGAGAGAAAUCCAGAUCGCCCCCGAGGCCGCGAGAGAAAUCCAGAUCGCCUCCCAGGCCGCGAGAGAAAUCCAGAUCGCCUCCCAGGCCGCGAGAGAAAUCCAGAUCGCCCCCGAGGCCGCGAGAGAAAUCCAGAUCGCCCCCGAGGCCGCGAGAGAAAUCCAGAUCGCCCCCGAGGCCGCGAGAGAAAUCCAGAUCGCCCCCGAGGAGAAAUCCAGAUCGCCCCCGAGGCCGCGAGAGAAAUCCAGAUCGCCCCCGAGGCCGCGAGAGAAAUCCAGAUCGCCCCCGAGGCCGCGAGAGAAAUCCAGAUCGCCCCCGAGGCCGCGAGAGAAAUCCAGAUCGCCCCCGAGGCCGCGAGAGAAAUCCAGAUCGCCCCCCAGGCCCCGAGAGAAAUCCCGAUCGCCCCCCAGGCCCCGAGAGAAAUCCCGAUCGCCCCCGAGGCCCCGAGAAAUCCCGAUCGCCCCCCAGGCCCCGAGAGAAAUCCCGAUCGCCCCCCAGGCCCCGAGAGAAAUCCCGAUCGCCCCCCAGGCCCCGAGAGAAAUCCCGGUCGCCCCCGAGGCCCCGAGAGAAGUCCCGGUCGCCCCCGAGGCCCCGAGAGAAGUCCCGGUCGCCUCCCAGGCCCCGAGAGAAGUCCCGGUCGCCUCCCAGGCCCCGAGAGAAGUCCCGGUCGCCUCCCAGGCCCCGAGAGAAGUCCCGGUCGCCUCCCAGGCCCCGAGAGAAGUCCCGGUCGCCUCCCAGGCCCCGAGAGAAGUCCCGGUCGCCCCCGAGGCCCCGAGAGAAGUCCCGGUCGCCCCCGAGGCGCAGCAGGUCUGGCUCAUCUCCCAGGCCUCGAGAGAAAUCCCGAUCUCCUGCUAGGUAUGGCAGUUCCGGCUCAUUUCUGAGAUCUAGAGAGAAAUCCAGAUCUCCCGUAAGGUACAGCAUAUCCGGCUCGUCCCUAAGACUUCGAGAGAAAUCCAGAUCCACUCCAAGGCGUGGCAGGUCCAGCUCAUCCCCGAGACCUCGAGAGAAGCUGGGAGCGUCUCCCAGAAGCAGCCGCUCUGGGUCGUCUCCAGAGAGACCCAAGGGCCCGACGAGGCGUGGCCGGUCCAGCUCUCCCUCCAGAAGGGGGAAGUGGAGAUCUUCCCUGCGGCGAGGAAGAUCCGGGUCGUCGCCCAGGAGAACCCGGUCUCGGUCCAUCUCCAGACGAGGCAAAUCCAGAAGCUCCCUGCGGAGAGACCGAUCCAUCUCGUCGCCCGGCAGGAGCCGCUCGAGAUCCACCUCGCGAUUCUCCCGCCGCCGGGACCGCUCGCCGUCCUCACCCCGUCGCAGCAGAUCCCGCACGCCGCCCCGUCGAGCCCGAGCGGGGUCCUCCCCCCGGCGCCGCGGCUCCCGCCAGCCCCGCUCCCGCUCCCCACCGAAACUGGACGUCUCCCGCACCCCGGCCUCUUCCUACCACGGCCGCUCGAAGGCGUCGCCGGCCAGGGCCCGCUCGGGCUCUGGCUCGCCAAAACGAGCCGGGAGGAGGUCCCGCUCCCCGCCGGUGCUGGAGAAAUACCCCAAAGUGGGAGCGGCCGACAAGGCAGCACCAGGCAGAGCUGAGAAGACGUCGCCCGUGGCGGCAGUGCCCAUCCGGCGCAGCCCGUCCCGCUCCCCGCCGGCGCCGGGCGAGGCCUCCCCCAAAGCCAGGAAAGCCCAUUCCCCUGCCCCCAAGAUCCAGUCCCCGCGGCCAGAGGGGUCCCUGGGGGCGGUGAGGAACGGGGGUCCGGCGCCCGCCUGGACCCUGAACUCCUGCCCUGCCGCCCCUGGGGGCUCCCCGCCUGCCGGCCGCCUCCCCCCAGCCAAAGGGCCAGAGAAAGUCAGAUCUUCCUCCUCGUCCUCCUCCACCUCCUCCUCCGCCUCCCACAAGGUGCCCAGCCCCCUGCCCGCCCCGCCCCCGGUGCUGCCCCCCAAGGAGGAAGACAGGGAAGGGCCCAAGGUCAAGUCGGAGUCGCCAGCCCCGGAGGUGCCUGGGGAGCUGCCAGACAAAGCCCGGAGCGGAGCCCCCAAGGCGCUGGUGCUGCUGCCGGUGCCCCCCCGCACCCCGUCCAAAGAGAAGAGGAGCUCGUCCACCUCCUCGUCCUCGUCCUCCUCGUCGUCCUCCUCCUCCUCGUCCUCCUCCUCCGACUCCAGCUCCAGCUCCAGCUCCUCAGAGUCCAGCCACGACUCCCCGGCCAGCAAGGGGCCCGACCUGGAGACGGCGAAGAAAGAGCCCCCGAGCCCGGUGCAGAAGGAGCUGGCCCGUGAGGGGCGCCCCCUGGAGGUGGCCAAGCGGAAACGCCGUUCCCGAAGCUCCAGCAGCUCCAGCAGCAGCUCCUCGUCGUCGUCCUCCUCGUCGUCAUCCUCGUCUUCCUCCUCGUCCUCGUCGUCGUCCUCCUCGUCCUCUUCUUCCUCCUCCUCCUCGUCCUCCUCCUCCCCCAAGCCGGGGCCCCAGCCGCAGCCCAAGGCAGCUCCCAAGAAGCCCUCGCCCGAGCAGAGGCGCUCCCGGAGCCCCCGGAAGCCGAUCGAUUCCCUGCGCGACUCGCGCUCUCUCAGCUAUUCCCCGGCCGAGCGGCGCCGGCCCUCCCCCCCGGAGCCCCCCCUGGCCCAGCGGGACCGGCACAGUGACAAAACCUCCCAGAGGAGCCGAGGAACCAACAGCCGCUCCCCAGGUCGCAAGCGCAGGCGGGAAACGCCCAGCCCCCCCCACGCUGCCCGUCGCCGAGCGUCCCGGUCGCCGUAGCCCGCGGGGCUCCGCCCAGCCUCCCGCAGCAGCGCCCCCUAGCAGGGGCUCCGGCAGCAGCCUCCUCCGUUUCCAUUGGCUCCUCCCCCUCCCCCAUUGGCCGGCGGCUACGUCCCGCCCCCUCGGCUGCCGGGGCCCCGCCCCCUUGUGACUCGACUCUCGUUUUUUCCCAUGUGAGCGUUUCAGUUUUUUCUCUUCUGUGAGUUUUACCGAUAAAAACCCGACAAAACUUCUGUGUUUUGAGACAAGUGGGG